AAAUCACUUCCUCUUCAACGGUCAUAAAAACUCUCAAAUCUAAAUUUAAAAUCCCCCCAUUUAUUUCCAAAACUAGCCGUUACCACUCACUCUCCCUCACUUCUCUCUCUAUCAAACCCUUCAAGAUUCUCAAGAACUGAUCACUACCCACUAAUCUAAACCAUUCAAAGACUCGAUCUUUACUAUUUUUCUGCCAUUUACACAGCAAAUUAUCACUACCCAGUUGCCAAUCAGUCCCAACAAGAAACAAAAUUAUUUCCAUGGCUUCACCUGCAAGCAAACCCUCAAACCCUAGAAACUCAGAGGUUGUAAAUCCAAUGAGAAGGAGUUCUAAUGGCAACCCAUUUGCUAAACCUUCAAUUAUUGCUAAUCCAAGAUCUGGGUUUAACCCUAAUACUCCUGCUAAUAGUCCUUCAGAUUUUUCGCUGAGAAAUUCUGUUGGAAGAGAAUUCUCCGAGGAUAAGGAAAAUGGAAAAGAUCAGAAAACGAAACAGGAAAAAGUUAGAUCACCGGCUGCUUUAAAAGGUGCGAAGCAUUUCAUGUCACCAACAAUCUCUGCAGCUUCAAAAAUCAAUCCUUCUCCCAGAAAGAAGAUUCUGAUGGACAGGAAUGAACCGAUAAUACGCUCUUCUAUGUCGUUUUCUGAUGGAAAAAGCCCUUUGAAUGAAGAUUUGGGAAUAAAACCUGAGAAGGGUUUGAAUCAGAAGAAAGAGGUCAAAUUUGAUCCAACUGUCACUUAUUUGGAGGACUUAAAAAGUGACGAUGAUGAUGUUGAUUCAAGCUCCAAAGAUGAUUCGGAUUCACUUUCGGAGAGUGUUGUUACUAUGGGAUCAGAUUGUGUUAAUCUUGAUCCGAGUUUUAAUAUUAGUCCAAGGACUUCUUGUUCUUUGCCGAUUCCUGAUUUGGAUGCCGAUCCAUCUAUGCCUCCGUAUGAUCCGAAGACUAAUUACCUUUCACCGAGACCGCAGUAUCUUUAUUACAAGCCGAAUCCACGGAUCGAGCUUUAUCUUAACAAGGAAAGAGAUGGCAAGCAGCUCGAUGAGAUUUUUGCUUCUGAAAGUUCAUCGGAUGCUGAAGUUACUGAAGAAGAAACACAGUCUGUUGACUCACAGAAAGAAUCUGAUAGCUCUUCAAGCGACAUAGAGGCUAAGGAAGAUGAUCUCGAAGAAGAGAUAUUUGUGUGCAGAUCAGAUUCGACGGCUGUUACUGCAAAAAGAUCGUUCAAGCCAAGUUUGUUCACAAGAACAAAGCUGACAGCUUUGCUUUUUGUUCUUGGUGUAGCUUGUUUAUGGGCUUCGGUGACUAAUUCACCGGUUAUGGAACCUUCGGUGCUGAAUAAUCUGAGUUUUUCUUCUAAUUUGUAUGUUCCACCUGAAAUCUCAGAGUUCACCAGGAACAAUUUGGAAAGUUUAACUCAGAAGUUAAGGCAAUGGUUAUAUGAUUCUUUAUUUUAUCUUCAGAACCUAAUUACCACCAGCUUCAUGGAACAGCGUAAAUCAAGUCCAUUGCAGUUUGCCAAUUUGUCUAUAUUGAUCGAGGACGGCUUGCUUGAUAAUAAUGUACUUCUGGUUGCUCAUAGUACUUUUAAGUUUGACUCUGAUGUGAACAUUCAAGAAACUGCAGAUGUCAAAAUAUUAGAAAAAGAGGAUGAAGUUGCAGUCAUUGAAGUAGUUGCAGCCAUUGAAGAAGUUGCAGAAGUUCCCAUUGAAGCUGCCGAGAAUUUUCAAGAAGUUGUAGAAGGAGAUGACGGCGAGCACGGAGAGUUAGAUGACGAAGUGAUUUCAGCACUUGACUUUGUUCAAUAUCAAGUGUUAGAAUCUGAUGAAGUUAUUGUGACUGAAUCUGAUAAUUUAGCAUCUCAAGUAACCCCAGAAAUGGUUGAAAUUCCGCAGGACGUUCCUAAUACCGUGCAUUUUCUAUCUGGAACUGACGUGGAUUCGAAUUCUGUUGCCGCUCAGAAUUCUCAGACUGAGGAUCCAGCAUCUCAAGUAGUCCCGGAAAUGGUUGAAAGUCUGCCGGAUGUUUCUGAUUCCGAGCAUUUUCUAGCGGGAGCUGAUGUGGAAUCAAAUUCUGUUGCUGUUGAGAAUUCUCAGAUUGAGGAGCCACUGUCACUUACAGCUGUUGCUUUCGUUAUGGCGAUUUCCUUUAUUGUGUUGAGUGCACUUGCAGCUGUUGCUUUCGUUCAUAUCAAGAAUCGAACAUCAUCUACUCAAAAAUCGGGAAGCACAGGGGUUAACAAAUUGCCACUUCCUUCUAGAAACUUGCAGACAGAGGUUGAGACAAUUGCUGUCACAUGCCCAUCAGAAAUGAGCAGCUUCAAGUACAGCAGCUCAGCCUAUUACAGCAAGCAUGAACAAAAAGGCAUGGCAGCAAGUGAAGCACAAAGCCAAGAACGGAAGACUAAGCGAAGUACUCGAAGAGAAUCGAUGGCCACAUCAGAUUGCUCCAUGGAUUCGCCUUCUUAUGGCAGCUUCACAACUUAUGAGAAGAUAACUAACAAUCAUGGAAAUGGAGAAGAAAACGGGCUUACUCCGGUGAGACGGUCGAGCAGAAUCCGGAAGCAAGUCACCUCUCCGUGACGGAAUGAUACAGAUAAAUUCUUGCCACUUCAUAGUUUGGCUGACUUAGGUUUUGAUUUGUUUUGUAAUCUGAAUUUCUUUAGGGUGACUACUCUACUCAGCUAGUCAGUAGCUUGUUUAUUUGUUGCUAGUCAGUAGCUUGUUUAUUUGUUGCUAGUCAGUAGCUUUUUAGUUUCUUCAGUUGCUAUGUAGUUUCUGAAACUGUUCUCUAUAUGCUUUCUUUUGCAUUGAUUUGAGAAUGAGCAUAUCAGAAUGGAUCAUAAUCUUUUUUUCCUGUAAAUUUUCCAGCAAAUCAACAAAUUUUCUUCAUGUC